CACUUCUUUGCCUAAUCAUAUCUUCCACAAUACUUUGUAGAUUAGUAGAUUAUUUAUUCUGAUGUGAUAAUGCCAUGAGUUGAGGUCAGCAUCAAUUCGGUAUCAGCUUGAUAAGAUAUCUCGGGAGGAGACCGAACGCGUCCCAUCAGCUGAUUAUGGAGGUAAACAAGACAGCAGUAGCAACUCUCUUGUCACCUCCUGGCAUCGCGGCCCCUCACCUGUAACCAUGGUAUGAUGAAGCACCAGGGGAGGACAUUAUUUUGUGCCUGGAGUGCGUAUCUGAUGUGUGCUUGUGCCUCCUGGAGUGGCGUGAAAACCAGAGAGAACAAUGUGUCGACGGGCUCUGUGCCUGUGCUGGCGGCCACGGGACAGAACAAUAGCCUGGCUGCCGAGGGAGGGGUGCACCUCAAGCACACCAUCUCUCUCGAUCACCUCGUGUCGCCUAAUUCGAUUUUGAGUACAGAGGCUUUCGGUCUGAACACUUCAAACAACAAUCUCUUGGAAAAUGAGAAGCAAAGUAGUAGUGAAUCCUCAUCACUGUACGUUAGUCCCACCACUGAGGCCUUGCCAGGCGCUUCAUUACAGACAGUGUUAUCACAAGAUGUUACUGGAGUCACAGAAUACAGCAGGAGCCUCGAUGGUGAGGAAACAUUACAACACAAUGAAAGUCAAACAUCAAACGCAGGUGUGUCAGCCAACUCAGUGUUAAGUAUUCAGUCCUCUCAUGAAAGCAUAUCAAAAAAUAGUGAUUCGGAAAAUGAAGAGCAAGGUGUUACUGAAUCAACACCAUUCACUGGAAAUCAGAGUAUUGAAACCACACCAUAUAUCACCACACCGUUGGAUGUUACAACUGCACAGAAUGACAAGAAACGAGACAAUGGACAAACAGUACAUGAACAUCCAAGGAGUGUUUGUGAUAACACUGAUGCAGGUGUGGUACUCCAAGAAGAGGAAUAUUCAUUGCUCAACAACACCCACAAGAUCACUGUUAUUCAAAACCACACAACAGUCUCAGUUAAAAUCACUGACUUUGAUGAAAGUGCAAGAUUCCUCAUUUUCCAAGCCCAUUCCCAGAACCAUUACCUCAUUUUGAGUGAUCAGAUGAUGCCAUCCGAAAACUGCUACACUAACAGCACGGACCCUGGCCUGGUGGUGUGGCCUGAUCUUACCUGCAGUACCACAGCUUGCCACGUGUUCAUCACUAACUGCCACAACACUAAUAUUACAGUGUUGUUCAUGGUGCAGAAUUAUACCAGUCUUGAUCCCAUCCCUGGCAAGUACAAGGCUCCCUGUGUGGCCAUGCCCUUCCUUAACAUGGACCCCAACAUCCUCACCACAAAGGUCUCCUACCAGGCUGCAGCCAUGGCCUCCUGGGAGUCAGACAAAGUGGUGGGGUCUCUGCGCUACGAAGUGUUCCUCACCUACAUGUAUGAGAGGGACCAGAGUGAAUCCAAGUACUGGGACACACUCAUUGCCACCAGCACCCUCCAGGGCCUCAGGGAAAAUGGAAGAUCGGUGGACAUCAGAGAAAACAAUGACACGGCAGCACAGUUGAACGUGUGGCUGGUGUCGUACUCAGGUGUGGGAGCUGUGGUCACUGUGGUUGUGUCCUACAAUGGCUCCAAUGGUACUCUGUAUUCCUCAGGCGUGUCCUAUGGUUGUAACUUCAUAGAUGCAGAAAAGUACAGUUGUACUAAACUUGUAACUUCUCUGGCCAAGCUGUUUUGUGCCUCCCUGCUCUUCAUUGGUGCCAUCCUACUGUUCUUUGGACACCGAUGGCUCAACUUUACCAUGUUCAUCUCUGGCUUCUUCUUCUCUUGGUGCAUGCUGUUCCUUAUGUUUGCUCAAGACACCCACACCACCAUAAAUGGGCUGGGGUGGGGCACCCUGGUGGGGGCAGUGAUAGGAGGGGCCCUGUGGCUGGUGGGGUGGCACAUGUUCCAGCGACCUUUCCACUCCUCACUGCUCAUCAUUGUCAUGGCUGUCCUCUUUGUGGGCAUGAUGGUGACCUACUUCCUCAGAUUUGCAAUAUCUCCCAAGACUUCCAAUCUUUCAGCUUUUGUAGUGUUUCCAGUGUUCUUCGCUAUUGUCAUCAUUGCAUACUCCAUUAUUGACAUCAAGAAGGUUCAUAUAUUUUCCUGCACUUUGCUGGGUUCCUAUGCCUUCAUAGUGCCCUUUGCCUUUUACUUUGGUUCUUCACUGACCUACAUAGUAAUCAAUGUGCUGGGUCUGGUGACAGUGCAGGACUACCCUGAGACAGUGGGCUACCCUCCCUUCCAGGUGUGUGACAUCAUCCUUCUGUGUCUAUGGGUGGUGCUGUUCACCGGUGGAAUGGCCUACCAACUGUACCGAGAGCGUGCCAGUCCACCCUUCCAUCCACCUAAUCUCACUUCAUGGAAUGACUUCAAGAAAUCAGCAAACUUUGUGCUUGACAAGAUGUUUAUUUGCCUGCCCAUGGACCCAGACCCUGGUGGCAUGGACAUUGAGGAGCGUCCUGCCUGGAUGCUGAGGGUGGUGUACACCUCCAAGUUGAUCUGGUGGAGGCUUACAUGUAAAGGAGGUGACAUUCCAGAGUCUGGAUAUGAGAGCUUCCCCAGAAUAAGGAGGCUCUCACAGUAUAAUGAACAAGACUCUGAGACCAAUGAAUCUAGAAUGGCUAUGAUACUGUCCAGAAUUAGAGAAUGGAAAGGAAGGGUUCGACACUACUUCAGGAGAGGGGAUGAGAGACUCUUGCAGGAGAGUGAAGAUGAGGAGCAGCAAAGAGAGGGAGAGGAAGAAAGAGAGGAAGAUGAGAGCCAGCUUCUUGAAGGUUCAGUGUCCUGUUGUGCCUUCAGAAACUCGCAAGUGGUGCUUGAUGAUGCUUACACAACCAAUACAUAACCUCAAGUACAGCAAUUUAAUCUCCACCCAGAAGUUAAUGAUUGUAGAGUAUUUAGUGAGUGAGAGGCGAGUGGCUGUGAUUAGUGUUAACUCGCCCUGGUCUUGCCAUGCUGGCACAAAUACAGUUAUCCCCUCAGUGCAUCCACACACCCAAGAGGAGUAACUGUGCUGUAUGACUCAGUGGUUGUGACAGUCAUUCAUUUUCAUUGCCUGAGCCAUGCUGAGGCUUAUGAUGCCUGUUUUCACAUUCUGUAUAAGGAAUGGGCUUCAUGGGUUCAGAACAUUUCCAUUUAGAUAUAGUCAUUAGCUGUAGGUCUACUUUUUUUUUUGCGAUAAUUAUAAGCAAUAUUUACAUGAUAUUUCAGUUUCUGAAUUUUUUUGUAUAUUUUGAAAAAAACUUUAUUUUUUUGGCCGAGGAUCUUAGUCUCACCACAUAAAAUCUAAGUACAGACUGUUUAUUGUGUAUAAUUAUUUGCUAUCAAGUUUAAAAUUUCUAUGUACUAGAGGAGGUGUCUUUCCCAUCCUUCAACUUUAAUCAAUAGUUAUAGCAUGAAAUCCAUAAUUUUUCGUUGUUAUUUAGAUUUGAAAGGAAGCAUGAAUCAAAGAUAUCGGCCCUGCCUUAGAAUGAAUGCUCUCCUAAUUAGCAGACCCGCCAGGUACAAAGCCCCGCCCCAGCAGGUGUCCCACGCAACGCUAAACACGAGACUCUCAGGAAGGUAAUACGUAACUGCGACCCUCAUGACCACCACCAUCCUACUGUGUGCUUCUGACUCGUACUAUUUCAUGUACAUCUUGCCACAAAUUAGAGUAAAUUUAUUGCAUAUUAGCAACAUAAAUUGUAAGAUUAUGAAUUAUUGUAUGCAAUAUCUGUGUAUCUACUUAUACCAAAGACAGCCAUUGUAAAAUAGCGAUCUUGUUGACAGCAUUAAGCUAAGUUUGUUAUGGGGUUGUAUACAUUUUAAUGUAAAUAAAGUGUUUUGCAGUCUACUCGAUCAUGAAUGUAAUUUCGGGAUAAAAUAGUAGGUUAGUGUUAAUAUACAAAUAAAACACACUAAUAACGCUAAACGUCCGUUCUGAGGCAAACGUCCAUCAACGUCGAUAAGCACAAGAUAUUCGGACAAUAUUUUGCUACGUACUUUAGCCAGUAACUCCUUAUUCAGAGUUCGUAGAGCAGCGAGGGUGCUGUCCUCAAGCUGCAGAGAGAGUAAGCUGCUGCCCUCGUGGAAGUUGUUUUGUAUAAAUAUUGUUGCCAGAGUUAGCAUCUAUUGCGAAGUUUGUAGGCGUGAGCUGUUUGCGUGUUGUGUAUGUUAUAAAGGUAGAACUGAGACUGUUACUUGAGGAUUAAGUUGUUUUGUGUUGUCUUCUCAGUUCAGGCAGGCAGUAAGAAAUUAUGUACCUGUAUCCACUGAAUUACAAGCAGAGUAAGGUGUCACUGUCCAGUACAACGCAGAAAUCCCGCCGCGGAGGAAUUGUCAUGUCACUGAUGAUGUGCAUUAAGAUGGCGGCGCGUCAUAACGGUAAGUCAUGGGUUGUAUUACCGGCCAGAUGUUUAUUAUUUCAAGGUUGUGGUAGUUCUUAAUUGUUAUAAAUGAGGCGGAGGCAGAACCACCGGGGUGCUUACGCCGUCUGGGGCUGAGUGGCACAAUAAAGGUGCUGGAAAAU